AUGCUCGCUUGUUUGGCCAGAGGGAAUCUACUGGAUAUUCUUCAGGAGGGCUUCACGGAGCAACAACUACAGGCAUAUGUGGCCUGGGUGAAUUCCCAGCUGAAGAAGAAGCCAGCAACAAAGCCAGUCCAAGACCUGAGGCAAGAUCUCCGAGAUGGAGUCGUUCUGGCUUUGCUCAUUGAGAUCGUCGCUGGUGAGAAGUUGAAUGGCAUUCAGGUCAACCCCUCCAGCCAGCAGGAGAUGAGGGAAAAUGUGGAGAAAGUCUUACAGUUUGUGGCAUCAAAAAAGAUCCGCAUGCAUCAGACUUCAGCAAAAGAUAUUGUUGAUGGGAGCUUGAAAUCUAUCAUGAGGUUGAUCCUGGCCUUAGCUGCUCAUUUCAAACCAGGGUCUGGGAGAACAAUCAAUCACAGCCCUGCUGGCCUGGUGGGGAAGAGCUUGUCAGCAUCGUGUGCCAGUCACAGGCCUCACUCGGCUGCUGCAGUGGCCCAAGGGGCGGUAGCUGCUCUGGCAGAUGUUCGUCAGGAUGUCUUGCAAUCCGGCCGAGAUGUUUUCCAGCACAGACAGAGAAAUAGCAGCAUGGAUGAGGAGAUUGGAAAUCCCUACUGGAGUGUCCGGGCACUGGUGCAGCAGUACGAAGGGCAGCAGAACAUGCCAUUGGAGUCCCACUCUUCCAGUCUUACCUCACCCAGUCCUAUCCAUAGUGCGAAGAGCGAAUCCACCGUAGCCCCGUCAGAGGAGAAGGAAAGACUUGUGAUCAUCCACACAGAAGAAACAAAAGCUAAACCAGAGGAGACAGAAUCUCAUUUCCAGCCUGACUGGCAAGCAGGGAACACUGGGUCGUAUUUGGAGAAUUCAUGGGAGGAGCAGCUUUUGGAACAACAGGACCAUUUGGGAAAGGAAAUGGAAGAAGCCAAGAAGAUGAUUUCAGGUUUGCAGGCUUUGUUGCUCAAUGGGUCUUUACCUGAGGAUGAGCAGGAAGGGUCCUUUGAACUUUGUGAACAUGGAGCCUGCUCUGAAGAGCAGCUGAUCAUCAUCCGAAGUCGCCUGGACCAGAGUGUGGAAGAAAACCAAGACCUAAAGAAAGAGCUAUUGAAAUACAAACAAGAAUCUCGAAACCUACAGGGAAUAAAGGAUGCUUUACAGCAAAGGCUGGUUCAACAGGAUGCUUCAGUUCUUCAGCUGAAGCAGGAACUGCUGAGAGCAAACAUGGACAAGGAGGAAUUGCACAACCAGAACGUUGACCUUCAGAGGAAAGUUGAAGAGAGGAACCGUCUACUGGCAGAAUACAAAAAGGAACUGGGCCAGAAGGAUUGGCAUUUACAGCAGCAUCAGAACAAACUGGAUGAAAUGCUCAGGCAGCUUUCUGAGGCCAGCUACCAGCAGGUGGAUUUGGAGCGGGAGCUGGAGCAUAAAGAGGCCCUGCUAGCUCACUGCAUGAAGAGAGAAGCCGAAGAGGCGAUGGCUUACAGCAGCCUUAGUGCUCCGAGCAAUGGCUUCCUCCAGACAGCAGGAAAAGGAGCUGCUCCCACAGCCCACCGAGGGACAAAUGACUUGCAGCUGGUUCGCGAUGCCCUUCGCAGCCUCAGGAACAGUUUCAGUGGCCAUGAUCCACAGCACCACACCAUUGACAGCCUGGAGCAGGGCAUCUCCAGCCUGAUGGAACGGCUGUACCGCAUGGAAACACAGAAGAGGCAAGAGAGAAGGAUCCGGGGGAAGUCACCUGCAAGCAGAGCAACCGACGAGUGUAGAGACUCCUGGCCUCCCAAAUCCAAACUGCCUCAUUCUCACAGCACGCCUGUGAUGAGCACCAGUGCCUGCACCAAAGUGCUGUACUUCACUGACCGCUCCCUCACACCUUUCAUGGUCAACAUACCAAAGAGGUUAGGGGAAGUGACUCUGAAGGAUUUCAAGGUAGCUAUCGAUCGUGAAGGAACCUACCGGUACCACUUCAAAGCCCUGGAUCCUGAGUUUGGCACAGUUAAAGAGGAGGUGUUCCAUGAUGAUGAUCUCAUUCCUGGUUGGGAGGGGAAAAUUGUGGCAUGGGUAGAAGAAGACCAUGGGGAGAAUUAA